AUGCGAUGGUUUCCACUCUGCCUUAAGGUCGCGCUUGUCUACUGCGUCGUCGGUGCUGUGGAAGGCUACAAAAUCCGCUUCGGACGGGAGCGCAGCCGGAUUCUCAAGCUCCGUAAGCGCAAAAGCGCGUUCGUCGAUCGCCUGAACCUGAUCACCAGGACCAGGGGCAUCGGCAUCUUCACGCUCCGCGCCACGGCCGACGACAGCGCCGCGAUCGCGAAUCCCGGCGAGGAAUCUCAGGCGGCCGAGUCCUUUGAGGAGUUCCUGCCGAAGAAGAAGAAGAAGCGCCAACCGAAGAACCCGAUCGUAGAGAAGGAUCUGGAGCGUUACGAGCCGAUUUUCAGGAAGAUUCCCGCGCUGCGCCAGGUCCAGAAGGAGGUCGAACGCGACCAGAGGCCAGGCGCGCUCAACCCGCUCGGUUACGCCGCGCACUUCGUCCCGGAGGGCGACUGGAGCUUCCACCCCAACCUCAUUCGCGUCCGCGGGAAGUACUUCUCCAAGCUGUACGAAAAGGAGCUGAGCGAGCCCUUUAAGAUGCACGACCGUGAUUCGGGUUCAUCGCAAGUACAAAUAGCAGCGCUGACCGCGAAACUCGACUACCUCGCGCGCCACGUAAGGAACAACCACAAGGACGUGCAGGCGAGGCUCCAGGUGAUAAAACUAGGCCACCGCAGGCGCAGGCUGCUGGGCUACCUGUACCGCACCAACAGGUCUGCCUUCGACACCCUGAUAAAGACCUUCAACAUCGACUUCGACGACUCGCCGUACUGCUACAAGAAGCUGGUGCCCAGCUACUCGCACAUGCACCACCGUAAGACGAAGCGCUACACUUCGGCGAAGGAGCAGCGUACCGCAACGAGGCAGCGCGUGGUCUCCACUAUGAACACCGAGAUGUUUUGA